AUGGAGAGUAUUACCGGUACAGCACUGUACAGAAGCCCUCAAGUGAUGCCGUGCGCCGAUGGGAUGGGGUUGGAUGAAUUCGAAUUCCAGCGCUUGUCUCGCUCCGUCUCCCCCGUACCACCACCAAUUCCCUCACCCACCAUUCCUCCCUUCUCGCACUUGUGGUACCGGUGCUGUAGCCUGUUCCGCUUUACCGCACACACCGUCCAGCGAGCACUCUCACCCUUAGCUUCUCCAACGUCAAGACUAUACCCCACUGCACCACCCCCCCCCUAUUUGUCCAUGGCGCGCAAAGCUCGCCAACGGAUCAGCUAUAUACUACCACUCGCGAACUCUCCUGGUGGGCAUCGCUUAGGCGUCAAUAGCCUCGCUGUCGAUAAACAGGGGAUUCUUUAUUCGGCUGGUCGCGAUGGGGCUGUCUGCUCGUGGAAAAUCGGCGUUGAUCUCGCAGAUGGCGCUGCAAACUCAGCGGCUAUCCCUCGCCCCGCGCCUCCACCCUCCACCUUUUUUACACAGGCUCAGGCCCAUACCCACUGGGUUAACGACCUUGCACUCUGUCACUCCAACGCUGCUCUUGUAUCUGCUUCCUCAGACUUGACAGUAAAGCUCUGGCGACCUCAUGCGGCCGAUCAAUUACCCCCCGAGACAAUAGGCGUCCACAGUGACUAUGUCAAAUGUCUUGCGACACCCGACGAACACUCGGAUUGGGUGGCUAGCGGGGGGCUAGACCGAAAGAUCAUGAUUUGGGAUCUCAACGGGGGUGGUGAGAAAUUACAGAUUGAUGUGGGCGAUGAGGGCACUAACCCUAAGGGCUCGAUAUAUUCGCUGGGAAUUGGAGGAGGUAUCAUAGCCAGUGGUGGCCCCGAGAGCGUGGUCCGUGUUUGGGAUCCUCGAUCAGGUCAAAGGAUCACGAAGUUUGUUGGGCACACUGACAACGUGCGAUCAAUUCUUGUCAGCCAGCAGGGCAACAUUAUAUUGACUGCCUCCUCCGACACUACAAUCAAGAUGUGGAGUUUGACCGCCGGACGAUGUAUCCAUACCUUGAGUAUGCACAACGAUAGUGUUUGGUCACUCUAUUCCUCCCAUCCCAACCUGGAUAUCUUUCACUCCAGCGAUCGCUCAGGAUUGGUAGCCAAGACUGAUGUCCGAAAUGUGGAUGAGAUAGAGGAGGGUAUAUGUGUAGCAGUCUGUCAAGACCAAGAGGGCGUAAACAAGGUAGUUGCUUGUGGUGACUACCUCUGGACUGCAACUCAAAGUUCUAGUAUAAAUCGCUGGCUAGACGUGGACACCAAUACAGAUAUUGGACCAGACCCAAGGCGACCUAGACUGUCAACAACAUCCGCGUUCCCCUCCAAUGUUAGGGACCCUGAUGCUGUCACCGUAUAUUCAAUACCUAAUGCCCGGCAAGCUUCAAUAUCAGAAACUAUUCUCGACGCUGAUCCCGGGGUCCUGGUUCCCGUUAAUGAUCUUCCUGACGAAACUAUUGAGGGGCAACAUGGUCUAAUAAAGCACUUUUUACUAAAUGAUAGAAGGAGGGUCUUAACCUUAGACACGGCGGGUGAGGUGAUGAUGUGGGAUCUACUAAAAUGCAUGCCAGUCAAAUCCUUUGGCAAAAGGCAUCUCGAAGACGUUGCGGCCGAGGUAAACACUGUUGAGAGCGUGGCGAACUGGUGCCAAAUAGAUACUCGAACAGGCCGACUAGCCUGUGUCUUGGAAGAGAAUUACUGUUUCGAUGCUGAGAUGUACGCCGAUGAGGCCGACAUUGAAGAUGCAGUGGAAUUCAGGGAUGACCAAAGAAUUAAUCUUGGCAAAUGGGUACUUCGUUAUCUCUUUAGUAACCUCAUUAACGAAGAGAUCGCUCGUGAUGAGGAUUAUAGGAAAAGACUCGACAGCGAUAGAGAGGAACGUGAGCAAAUGCGGCGUACCAAUGCACCCCCACAGAUUUCGAUGCCACCAGUUACCUUCUCAUCCGAUAUUGGCACCCAAUCUCCUGGGGGGGCGAGCGUUGCCACCCCUAAGGCGCACAACGGGUUUUCACUAUUUCCACAAACUCCGGGCAUGGUAAUCGGUCUUGCAACUCCUGCGCUAACCCUCGCACCUUCUAAUAUCGCACACGCUGGAGAGGCGGCGCCCCUGCCCACCACCAAUGAAGAAGAGAGUGGACCGAGAGCUUCUCUUUCUCCUACUACGAGAGGGUCAAUUGACAAGCUAGCUACUGGUGACUAUUUCUCAACCGGAAGUACGAGUAAUGCAACGCCAACCAAACCAAUCUCAUCCGGCCCCUCACUAGGUGAAGCAGUUGACGAUGCUCCCGCAACCCCCUCCACAGCCGACAAAGAAAAGGAAGAGAAGGAUUCAUCGCUUCUUGGAAGAUGGAGAUCGUUUGGAACUAGGAAAUUGGGCCGCUCCGCCUCUACUGACACGGCAAAUAAACCCACUGUAUCAACAGUCGACGAAAAGCCAUCCGGAGACGAAUCUGCGAUAUCCGAUAAGCCCGACCCCUUAGAGGAUACGCUGCUAGGUGUCUUAAAGAAGAUCCGGGGAUCCUACGAGAUUCAAGUUCGGGAAAGGGUGGGCGAACCCUUCAGGAGCAGCAUUGCUCCCAGCUUGCCUCUCGAAACGCCAGUUUUAAAACCUCCCGGAAAUACUACGAUCAUUAUCCAGGAGGACAGGCUUGAUUUCGGAGGUGUUGCGGAUCUGUAUAGGGGCACAGUCUCUUGUGUUGGCGAGGAUGCAGACUUGCUCGAGAAAGUUGCCCCAGCCUGGCUAGGAGACCUUAUUCUCCUUAACCGUAUCCCGCUAAAGGAUACCGUGAAAGUAAGCUUUGUCUUAAUACCAUGGCAGGACAAACUCCCCCAACUACCCAGUGACGAAGGCAAAAAUUCUAGAUUAAACGCAAAUCGCAUGUUAAGGGCGAAAAAGAUUGCGGCUUACGUUGCGGAAAGAUUGGAGCCCCCUUUUAUGACAACUUCAUUCUCCCCUGAGAUCAAAGAAGGCCAGAACCCUCCGAAGCCAGAGGACUGGUUAGAGCUUCUUUGCCACGAUCAGAUUGUACCGCCAGCCAUGACAUUAGCAACCAUACGCUCCUACGUCUGGAAGGCCCAUGGAGACGUGGUGCUUCACUACCGAAGAAGGGAUGGAGCUGGUGUGUCACCGGCCUCGUCCACUACAGCUGUCGAGGUUGAAAAGGAUAGCAAUGGAGAAGAAGGGGCCGUGGACAAUGUCAGCACUGUUCGAUGA